GCACAACACUUUAUGCAUACCAAACAAAUGAGGUACAAUAUAUAUAGCAUGCUCCAUAAACCAUUUCAAAAAUCUUUUAUACCGGAGUACGUUGGAUCAAAUUGAAUUGUGGUUCUAUUGGGUUUGACCUGUUUUUUUGGACAGUCAUUUCAGAUUCAGUCGUCUUCCCCCUUUGAAAGAGCUCAUUCGGACGAAGUAUAUACGGAGCGGGCGUAAUGGCAUGACUAGAAGGAGAUUUUAGAAUAGGACCAACUUUAGAUUAUCAGGAUCCAUUGCUGGUAAAUGGUUUUAUGGAUGAUGACCCCCACAGUCUACUAGCUUGUUGAAAUCCUGUGGGAAGGAGAAGCAGGUAUGAUGAGCUAGGUACCGAUGAUGUUUCAUUGGAACAAUUUUCUUUUCCUUCCUUCAAAUAUCUGUUGCAACAAUGAAAGAGGGAUCUUAUCUUGUGGGAUAUGGCUGCCUUUCACCAUGAAGGCUCAUACUGAAAGUGAUGAUGAUUUGGAAGGUGGCAAGUUGGAGAAAGGCAGAGGGCGGCCACCACGAAGUAAUAGGAUUAUCACACUACGCAAUAAGGCUUUACUAUCUGGACUCGCAUAUUGUAUUUCUUCAUGCUGCAUGAUACUGAUUAACAAGUACAUCCUUUCCAGCUACGACCUUAAUGCCGGGAUAUCAUUGAUGCUCUACCAGAAUUUUGUCUCGGUUGUGGUUGUUUAUCUUUUAAAAUUCAUAGGCUUAAUAUCCUCAGAGCCACUCACGUGGAAGCUUAUUAGAGUCUGGCUACCUGUUAAUUUCAUCUUUGUUGGGAUGCUAAUCACAAGUAUGUUUAGUCUGAAAUACAUUAACGUUGCCAUGGUCACAGUCCUGAAGAAUGUAACUAAUGUGAUAACUGCUGUUGGUGAAAUGUAUCUUUUUAACACACACCAUGACAACAGAGUCUGGGUUGCUCUUUUCUUGAUGAUAAUUUCAGCAAUAUCUGGAGGAAUUACUGAUCUAUCUUUUAGUGCAGUUGGCUAUACAUGGCAGAUUAUUAACUGUUUCUUGACAGCAUCAUACUCUGUAAGUUUUAACUAUUAGUUUCAUUUCUUUUCAGUGUGCUCUUGCUCAUUCUAAUACCUUUUAUUAGGUUAGGUCAUUAGUCUGGUGCUUCUCUUAAGAGGGACAAUGUUUACUCACCUCCAUUCUUUGUUAUAUCGUUCCAUGGGCACCCAUAUUUUGUAUUUAAAAAACCUAAGCAUAUGCGCCUUUUCAAUUUUAGUUAAAAAAGAGAUGAGUUUAUG